AAUUUCAUGUCUCAAAACAUUCAUCCAUGAAGCUGUUUGGUUUCUCCUUGAACUUGAAGGCUGCCAUAGCCGGUGAAGAUGGUGCAAAGAGGUUCCACUGCCGAUACUGUCGCCGCCAGUUCACAAAUUCUCAAGCACUUGGAGGGCACCAAAAUGCGCACAGGAGGGAACGUGCUAAGCUAGCCCAGUUCAAAUACCUUCUCAAUCUUCGACAACAACAUGGCCAUAGGUUUAAAGCACCAUACAACAACGGACCAAAAGGGUGUUUGGUUCCUCAUCCAAAUAGCUCACCCAACGUUAGUGUUGGUAGUGCAACUAGUGCAGCUUUGUUUCAAUUUCAUGGUGCAGGCACACUGCUCCAGCAAGUUCCAGCGCGUGACCAUGACGUGGAUGUGGAUCUCAACCUCAGACUCUAGCUUCCUCCUCACACAACUUCAACUCAACUUCCCUUCGUACCAGGUGAGAUAAUU